AUGGAUCGAUUAGGCUCAUUGGCGUCUAAUAGAGCCGCGAAUCGCGAUAAGAGUAACGAUAACAGGGAGCAUGUAACACGGAUUGUAGCCGAUCGCAAAUGCUUAGGGCAAAUAAGGCGAUCUUGUUUAUUCGUGGAUACAGAUAAAACAAAACAGCCAAUGACGGAGGAGAAAGAAUUGAAGGAGGUAAUGUGCACGAAGUACCCUGUGAAGGUGGUAAAUGGUGGGAAAGGGAAUGAUCCUAAGUUAGUAGAAACAAAAGUGUACAAGAAACGAUGGCUGAUAUUGUUCUUGUUUACAUUGUAUACGGGGAUGAGCACGUUUCAGUGGAUUCAAUACUCUGUGAUCACCAACAUAAUAACCAGGUACUACGGAGUAUCUUCGUUAUCUGUCGACUGGACAGCAAUGUCUUUCAUGGGAUACUACGUAAUUCUUGUCUUUCCUGCAACAUAUCUCAUCGACCGCUGGGGACUCAGGUGGAGUAAUAUCAUAGGCUGUGGAGUCAGUUGCCUUGGAUCGUGGAUAAAAGUUUUGUCCGUCAGUCCUGACAGGUUUUAUGUUACCUUCAUUGGACAUUCCUUAGUCGCUAUUAGCCAGAUUACCGUUCAGACAUUGCCUGGACGUCUAGCAGCGCAAUGGUUCGGCCCAAACCAAGUGUCUACUGCCACAUCUUUAAGCAUUUUCGGCAAUCAAAUGGGAAUAGCCUUAUGUUUCCUGCUAUUGUCACACCUAUUCUGGGGAGUGGCUAUUAUCCUCUCAAUUUCGUUUAUCCUAAUCUUACUACUGUUUGACGACGAUCCGAAGUUACCUCCGAGUACCGCACGAGCUCUGCAAAAAAUAAAACAAAUGGCUGGGAGGGAGAAUUUCAUAACGCCGAUAAAAAGACUAAUUAAAAAUAAAUAUUACAUAUUGCUUUGCAACACAUAUGGAUUGAACGUCGGUGUAUUAAAUGCGGUGGCGACACUAUUCAGUCAAAUAUAUGUUGUGCAUUUUCAGAAUAGUGAGGAAGAUGCUGGUAGAAUCGGUUUGGUUAUGAUUAUUUCGGGUAUGAUAGGUGCUAUCUGUUUCGGAAUCAUUAUCGAUAAAACCCAUAAAUACAAGGAAAUAACAGUGAUUGUGUACUUCUUCUCAUUGUGCGGCCAAAUUUUCUUCGCUGUUUCUACCAAUCUCGAGAUGAGGUGGAUGGUGUAUUUGUCAGCCGUGUUUCUAGGGUUCUUCAUGUUGGCUUACGUAGCUUUGGGAUAUGAAAUGUGCGCAGAGUACACGUAUCCAGAAUCAGAAGGCCUGACGGCAGGAAUUCUGAAUGUGGCUAAUAACAUAUACGGCAUUAUCCUCGUUCUAAUAUUUGGCGAAAUGUUGGAACACUAUGGGGACGCUCCAGUGCAUAUAGGACUAUGCCUGGCGCUUCUGAUUGGUCUUAUCAUGACCGUUUUGACGAAGGACGUACAAAGGCGUCAAGACGCCAAGAAGAGUGUUCGAUACCAAGGAGUCAGUCAAAUCGACACGAACAACCGAGUGCAAUAAACUCGGAGCUACAUAAGUGUAUUCGUAUCGAACACUAUAUUGAUAUUAGAGC